AUGAAGGCAAAGACGACGCAAGCCAGAGACAGGACGCCCCCAAAGAGCCGACCACCGGACGGCAGUGCAGUUGAAGUGGUCACUUGGGGCAAGGACGCCUCUCAAGCCGUAAAGCCUGGGCCAGAUCAGCUCUCGACGCCGAAGGUCAUCAACAAAGGCUCCAGAAGCCUUACACCCAAGCGGCCACAGGGACCAUCGACGUUUGGCGCGAGCAAAGAAAAUGAGACAGUUGCUGGCUGGGUGGAACACGACACCCGCAUACGCAGCACGAUGCCGCUCAACCCCGCUGCCGAGGAACGCGGCGAGAAGGCGACACUGGCAGUUCAUCCGGCCCUCGAAGCAGCCCGUGAAAAGGGCAAGAAGCCCCGGGGAGUAAAGAGGUAUGCGGGCAUCGGAGCCCAAGCUUCUUCUGUCGACCAGGUGAUCUUCGGCCGCGAUAUGGAUUUCAGCGGUGAAGGCGAUGGCACAGAUCUGGCUGAGUACGACGGCCGUGCCGGCCUCUCCUCACAGUCCGUGCCAAGAGCAGGCGGCGUCAAAAAGGUCGAUGCGGCGCCGAGAGGGGCAUGGAACAAUGGCAGUCCCGUCGGGUCCAGUUGCGAGGAGGCUGCGGCGAAGGUUCGGUCACCAAGUGACUGCCGCCCCCUCUCCCCAAACCGGAGUCCCGGCGUGGCCAAGGUGUUUGGGCAGAAUUCCGCUUUCCACGCUGAGGAGCAGCAUGUCCAGGCUGCUCGUGAGGCGUUCUUUGGCAAAGACUCCGCUGGGGCACCUUCUUGGAAGUCGCCAAAAGCUUCGAAGCAGGAAGGCAGCAGAACCGGCGUCGAUCUGGUUGGUGCCGUGGUCUUCGGUCAGACAGGUGCAGCGCUGCCCGAGACGAGCUCCGUGGCGGACUCCCGCAAGCGACGUGUUGACGUGAAGGUCUGCUUUGCUGAUACGGCGGGCCAGAAGUCUGCCGAGCUCCAUGCUCACAAAGGGAAAAGGGUCGGCGUGCAAUGCAAGGAUACUUCUGGCUCAGCUGGUUGUCCAAGUGCAAACCUUUGCACUCUGCAAGCGGGGUGGCAUCCCGAAGCCCGCGAUCGGCUCGUGAGAACAGCUUCAGGUUUCCAUGAACCGCAUUGCGCCAUGAAAUGCACCACUGACAAGGUCGUCUAUGGCCAAAUGACCCCACGGCAAUCAGAGCCACUAUGGGCAGAGCGCAAGGCGAACCUGCUGCGCGAAUACCCUGGGCGGAAGCACUUGGGAGCACUGGAGAUGCCGUUCAUGUCACAGCAAGCUGACAUCUUCUGUGAUGGGCACCGGCGCACAGCCACCCCACCGCCUUCUUCAGGGUCUGGCUUUGCCACGCCAAGGGGUCACAGUCGAUCUGGAGCUAGUUUGUUUGAAGGCUCCGCUGGGAAGCCCACAGCACUUGCCGAGUGGGACCAACCUCGACCUACCCGGGCACUCACGCCGCCACCGCGGCAACGUGUUGAGGCCGACGCUUUUGGCAAGCCAACGAUUCACGGGGUCCCUACCUGGGCGCGGGACAAGCACUCCAGCGUUUUGGAGGGUGGUCAGCGGAGGCUCAAAGGACACGCUCAGAUGCCGCUGACGGAGCGGCAACAUCCAAUCUUCGGGCGCUCGAACGUGGCCUGUCUCCUUGGUGGAGAGUGA